ACUGUGCGAGUGGACCUAAGAUUGAAAACUCCAGAUAUUUUCCCUGAACUUACGUUAAGAGCGUGAGGUGACGGUAAACCCCGUUAUUCAACGCCCAAGGUGACGAUUGGUAGAUCUAACUGCAUAUCAUUAUUCAGUUUCCAGGGUGAGCGAACGUUCCACUGACUGACUGUCGCUGCUCAACACCAAGCUAAGAAGCGACGUCACGCUUCUGGCGCCAAAAUACCUCGUGCCUGCACACCGGGAGCAACGCGAGAAUACCUAAUCACUUUAGAUGGUUCUCCCGUCAUUUUCACGCUGGGUUUUGGGCUAAGAGCGGCAUCCAUAACCAUCGGUUUAAAACUAUUCCGUGAACGGAAGACACAGGGUUUAAUGUAUAAAGCAAGAAGCCUCAUAACGAACGUCAUAUUCUAUUAAUAACAGGUCAAGGAUAUAGAGGAACAAAUGACGAUUUUUACGACGUCCUUUCAAGAUCCGUUUUAACAUAUUAUCGUCAAGCUGUGCUUCUGGAUAGGCAUUUUGGAGAGAGUAUUAUUAUUUCUUGCUAAACUCAGCUAAUGUGAUUCUUCUAUAAGCACAAUAUAACUCAAAGUCGUCGUCAUUGUAGAUCAAUGCCCCAGCUACACUUUAUCAAACACAGAGAAAGAGCGCCAAGUUCUAGAAGAGGCCUUCUGAUUGGUCGAUAUCUUUGAAAUAACCAAUCGUUAGUGAUCUUAGUUUGGAAGAGUUUAUAGAGUCUGUAGCUGGCUGCCCGGAUUUCACACAUCUGAAACCGAACAACUCGACUGAAAUCGAAUUUUUAGGUUAGUGUGUGCGAUAUCACGCCACGAGUGUCCGUGCUGGCAGCGCGGCCCUGGGCCUCGCGCCUUCUUGCCGCGUGCGUCACUGGCUCAUCCCUGGCACUCCACCUGCGCGUCGUGCUCCCCUGUCGCCAGCCGCGUCUCCAUGCGCUUCGAACCUUCCGAGCUGGCCCAGGGGAUGGCUUAUCACCCGUUCCUCCUGACCCCGAGCCGCCAUCCACCGGACUUUAGCGUCAACACGGUGUUGACUCAGCCUCACUAUUUCCCGCUACCUCUUCCACAUCCGUAUCCGACGGCUCCAUUCCCCAAACUGCCGGCUUCUCUGCCAGGAGCUCCGCCGUACAUGACAGCCGACGACGUGCUUAGCCAGGGCCGUCAUCUCCGACAACUAAGGACCUUGGAGCCCGAAGAAGACGGGAUACAAGAUGACCCUAAAGUUAACCUAGAAUCCAAGGAACUUUGGGAAGAGUUCCAUGCCCUAGGAACUGAGAUGGUCAUCACAAAAACUGGCAGGCGAAUGUUUCCCGGAUACAAGGUCCGAGUAUCAGGACUGGACAAGAAGGCCAAGUACAUUUUCCUAAUGGACAUAGUAGCAGCCGAUGAUUGUAGAUACAAAUUUCAUAACAGUCGGUGGAUGGUGGCCGGAAAAGCUGACCCCGAGAUGCCCAAAAGGAUGUACAUACAUCCAGACUCUCCUAGUACUGGAGAACAGUGGAUGCAGAAGGUCGUGUCCUUCCACAAGCUGAAGCUGACCAACAACAUCUCGGACACGCAUGGAUACACUAUCCUGAACUCGAUGCACAAGUACCAGCCGAGGUUUCAUCUUGUCCGGGCUAACGACAUCCUCAAGCUACCGUACAGUACGUUCCGUACGUACGUCUUCAAGGAGACCGAAUUUAUCGCAGUCACAGCUUAUCAAAACGAAAAGGUCAGUGAAUCGGAGUUAGGAAUUAGGAUUAGGUUAUAA